UAUAAGAAGAUUCUUCCACACAUCACACUUCCAUUAUACUCCACACCCACAUCUAUACCAAACCCAAAACACUUCCAUCAUAUUCAUCUAUCAAACAAAAUUCCAUAUAUGGAAAACGAAAACAAGAAAGAGUUUAGAAAUUAUUGUGUUUAUAACGACGAAGCAGAAGAAGAGGAAGAUAUGAAGGUGGAUAAAUUUUACUCUCUGUUAAGGAGUUUCCGUGAAUCACGUAAUCGAUUACGCCAAAGGGAAUUCCAAAAUCAGCUGGCAAAAGACGAGACCAACAACAAGAAGAAAAAGAUGAAAAUAGAGCCUUGUUUUCAAUUGCAGGAUUUCACUGCAGAUUUUCACUUCAGAGAAUUUCCUUUGGAUUUUUCUGAUCCUAUUCCAGUUCCAAAUAACACAGUAAAAAACAACAACAAUGGUGAGAAGAAGGAACAACUCAAGGAACAUGCCCUUGUUGACCUCAAACUCGCUCUAUAGUUAGUGAAUAGUUAGUGCGUCUCAGCGUAUAACAAUGUGCUAUUAUUUAUUUUUCUUAAUCGUGCAUUCAAAAAUCAGCUGAUUCUUGUGUGUGUUAUUUCUAUAACAGUGAAGAAAUUUACUUCAUAAUUCAUGUGUAUCUUCGAUCAUCUAUCUAAUUUCUUUGUAAGUUUUUUAUAGUCAAGCAUGGUUUGACCGUGAAA